UGCUGCCUCUGUCCCCACGCUCUUUAGCAUCCGCACUCAUGGCUAGUCCUCACUCACUCACUCAUACGCACAAACACGAACACAAGCAUUGCUCUUUUCUCUUUCUUCUCCCUCUCUCUCCCUCUCUUUCUUUGCCUUCACAUACAUACCGUGCCAGUCCCCCUGAAUUCAGGCAUGAUUGAUGUUUCUUGACAGCACCGCUUUACACUCUGUGUCCUUCGUUUUCCUUCCGUUCCUUUGCACUUUCUUGUGACCUGAGUCCUUUUCUUGCUGCAACUUCUUUCUGAGGAGCAAGAAAGGGAAAUUCAGAUGGAGUAAAGGCAGGAGAGGAAGGAUGUCUCUUGGUCUCAAGAUUGUGUUUUUCAAGGCUUUCUUGCUGUUUCAUUUUCUGAAUAAAUGUAGUUGUAGCAAAUUGGAUGAACGCAUAUUAGCAGACAAGAGAAUGGAUGCUAUUUUUCCCGAGAUAUCCCCAACUGGGUCUCCUCAGCCUCUCCUUCCUCUUCUUGCACCUUCACCGUUAGCUCCCUUUACCAACACUACUGUGCCCAAAUUAUCAGGACUUUGUACAUUAAACUUCACCGCAGCUGAAAGCUUGAUGAGCAUGACCUCCAUUGAUUGCUGGGCCGUUUUUGCACCUUAUCUAGCGCACGUGAUAUGCUGCCCCCAAUAUGAGGCCACUCUUACUAUUCUCAUCGGACAAUCCAGUAAAACCACUAAUCUUCUUGCUUUGAAUGGAAGCCUGGCCAAACAUUGCCUCUCUGAUACGGACCAAAUUUUGGCAAGCAAGGGAGCUGGGGAUAAUCUGAAUCAGAUAUGCACGAUUCGCCCACCGAAUCUAACCGAAGCUUCUUGCCCGGUUAAAGAUGUUUUCACGUUUGAGAACACAGUAGAAUCUUCAAAGCUUCUUGCCGCUUGCAAGAAGGUCAAUCCUGUGAAAGAAUGCUGUGAACAAGUAUGUCAAAAUGCUAUCCUAGAGGCUGCUACUAAGAUUGCUUUGAAAGCUUCUGAUGAUCUCUUAAGUCCGAAUGAGCAGCAUAUUGUGAUGGAUCAUUCAGCCAGGAUCGAUGAUUGUAGAAACAUUGUCCUCAGGUGGUUGGCAAGCAAACUCGAUACAUCUCAUGCGAAGAAAGUUCUAAGAGGGCUAUCAAGUUGCAAAGUUAACAGAUUUUGUCCUCUGGUUUUCCCCGACAUGAAACAUGUUGCGAAAAGCUGUGCCAACAGCAUAAGCAACCAGACAGUGUGCUGCAGUGCGAUGGAAAACUAUGUCUCCCACUUGCAAAAGCAGAGCUUUGUGACCAACCUGCAAGCGGUGGAUUGUGCUACGUCAAUGGGAGUGAAAUUACGGAAACUGAAUAUCUCUACGAAUGUUUAUAGCCUGUGUCGUAUUACUCUCAAGGACUUCUCUGUUCAAGUGGCAAAUGAAGUGUCCGGAUGCCUCCUACCAAGUUUGCCUUCGGAUGCCACAUUCGACAAUUUCUCAGGGAUCAGCUUCUUGUGCGAUCUGAAUGACAACAUUCCUGCUCCGUGGCCGUUGACUGACCAGUUUCAAACUUCAUUGUGCAAUAAAAGUGUCAAAAUUCCUGCACUUCCAGCAGCGACGUCAGAUCAAAGUGUAACAGUACGAAAUUUCCAGAUAGUUGCUGCACUUGACUAUAAUGCUUUCAUCCUAAACAGACCUUCAUGGCAAAGAUGUGAAAAGCCUUGCGCUUUUGGCACUCCUGUCAGUUCUUAUGAUAAUCGCGGUCUAGCAAAGCGCGUACAUAUUGGUCUUGCGGAUGUCGUCAAGAAGCUUUUACUCGAGGAACGUGGAUCAUAAAUCUGCGCGGUCCAUCGACAGCAUGCGGUCCUUUGAUGGAGGUAACAACUGUAAAGUUUCUAUGUCCUAAAGGGAGAUUUACACCAGCAAUUACCGCCGUAAGGAACCAUGCAUCUCCUCAAAACUAAUCUUGGAAGAGAGCAACUUGACCCGAGAUGAAUCAAGAAUUACCUUACAGAUUGCAUUUGUUCAGCAUUCUUACAUGACUUGUAAUAAAUUUCUGUAAAAAGGGAUUGCUGUAUAUUAGCACUAGGACAGACGAUAUCGUGUUAUAGAAUCCAUACCUUAUGAUUGGUUUGCAGAUGAAAAGAGGCGUGCGGAUCGGUUUGUGUAGCAAUAGAACAAGUUGAUCUUCCUUCUUUUAGAGCAUUAAUGUCUUCUAUUUCAUUAAA